UUUAUUUGUAAAAUUGCUGAAUUAUGAAAAGGUAUAUUGUGUAUAUGUACCAAUACAAGGUCCGAAUCAAGUUCAUCAGAUAGAUCCUCCAAGUAAAAAAUAAUUUAAAAAACAUUAGGAAAAAAGCCAAAAGAGAUCAUAGAAAGAAUUCAAGUUCAUCAAGUAGCUCUAGAAGUAUAUUUGAUAUUAAAUAUAUUAGGAGAUAGGAAAAAGAAGUAAAAAAAAGAGAAAAAAGAAAAGAAGGAAAAAAAUUCAUAAAGUAAUUCAAACUUUGUGAAUUUAGAUAUUGUGGCAUAAUAAAAGUUGUAAAAUAAUAUUGAUAGUUUAGAACUUAAAGAUCAAGAUCAAGAUCUAAAUCUAAAUCAAAGUCUAAUUCAAAAUCAAAACCAAAAUAUGAUACAAAUAUAAUAAAAAAAGGAA